AUGUGGUUAUUUGUUUUAUUUUUAUCAAUAUUUAUUCUGUCAGUAUUUUGUUAUAUUCCAAUUAUAAAAGAGAAUCCAACAACAACUUAUGAACCUGAUGUUAUUUUUGAACCUGUUUCAAAUUCGAUAUUUGAUAAACUCAACGCAAAUUUUCAGAAUAUUUUAAGAUUUAUAUCCGAUAAACAAGUGGAAACUAGUGUUAUUUAUCAUAGUUUUGAAAUUGCUUCUUGA